UUAAACAGGGCUAAGAGAAUAAGAGAAGUCUGUGGUAGUUAUUCAACUGGCCGGCUGAGCUGCACACUCGCUUUUUAAAUACAAAUUUCUCUAUUAUAACCACUUUCGAUUCCCUGUUGGCCUAAAGAUGUUUUCUGCUAGAGGAGCUUUGCGACUUGCGCAAAGGCUGAUACGUGUUACUGUUCCUCGACGUGGAUGCGCUGCAGCUCUUCCUGUAGAUGACAUCGUGAACGGGCUCACAGAGGAGCAGAUCCAGCUCAGACAUACAGUUCAGAGGUUCUGCCAGGAGAAGCUCGCUCCUUAUGCUGAUGAAAUUGACAAGACAAAUGAAUUCCCACGCUUGAGAGAGUUUUGGAAGGAGGCGGGUGAACUUGGACUGCUUGGGAUCACAGCUCCAGUGGAGUAUGGUGGCACGGAAUUGGGCUAUCUGGAGCAUGUGAUCGUAAUGGAGGAGAUUUCACGAACUUCGGGAGCUAUUGCACUCAGCUAUGGUGCACAUUCUAACCUUUGUGUCAAUCAGCUGGUGCGCCAUGGCAACCAGAGGCAGAAGCAGAAAUACAUGCCGAAGUUGAUUACAGGAGAGCAUAUAGGUGCUUUGGCCAUGAGUGAGCCCAACUCUGGCUCUGAUGUGGUAUCAAUGAGACUAACCGCAAGGAAAGAGGGUGACCACUAUGUGCUGAAUGGUAAUAAGUUCUGGAUUACGAACGGACCAGAUGCAGACGUACUCAUCGUCUAUGCGAAGACAGCUCCAGAAGCGGCUGGUCGCGGCAUCUCUGCUUUCAUUGUAGAAAAGGGAAUGCCUGGUUUCAGCACUGCACAGAAGCUGGAUAAGUUGGGAAUGAGAGGCUCAAACACCUGUGAGCUAAUCUUUGAGGACUGCAAGGUUCCAGUGGAGAACAUGUUGGGCCCGGUGAACAAAGGAGUGUAUGUGCUGAUGAGUGGACUAGACUUGGAGAGACUCGUGCUAUCAGCAGGACCUUUAGGCCUUAUGCAAGCUGUGCUUGACCACGCUAUUCCCUAUCUGCAUGUUCGGGAAGCAUUUGGUCAAAAGAUCGGUCACUUCCAACUGAUGCAAGGAAAAAUGGCUGACAUGUACACCAGACUAAGUUCGUGUCGUCAGUACGUAUAUAACGUUGCCCGGGCUUGUGACAAAGGGCACUUCAGCGCCAUGGACUGUGCUGGGGUAAUCCUUUAUUGUGCUGAGAACGCGACUCAAGUUGCCUUGGAUGGAAUUCAGUGCCUGGGUGGAAACGGUUACAUUAAUGACUACCCAAUGGGCCGUUUCCUCAGGGACGCUAAGCUCUAUGAGAUCGGCGCAGGCACCAGCGAGAUCCGAAGGAUGGUCAUCGGCAGGUCUUUCAACGCCAUGUUCAAAUAGGACCAGGACCAAACAGAAAGCAGUUUGUCAAUGCCUUAUGUAGAGUCCUAUUAUAGUAAAAAGCUACAGAGGGGGUGAACUUUUGUCCAAAGCAUAGAAGUUAAUUCAAUAUUUCAGCAUUUUUUCAGCCUAAGCUGUUUCUGCUGCAUCUGUAUGAUGCUACCAGUUAACAUACACAAUAAUGUAGAUGUGAUUGUAUGGGGACAUUUGGCUGGAUGACGCAAUUUGUUUGAAAUAUGUGAUUGAACAUAAACAGCCACUACGCUCUUAAGGGUUUUUUUGUUCAAAGUACACAGAAACAUAAUGUAAAUUAUUGUCUGCUAAAACUGUCCAUAGGCUACAGAUGUAUCAGAUAAAGAUUAAGCUAGAAAGCACUGGACUGUUCCUUUAAUUUCAGUAAAUUGAAGAUGAAUAAUAAAAAGAUAUCUUAUUAUAAGGCAGAUGUUUAGUUAGCAGUCUUGAAGUCUAUUGUGUAUCCACAUUAUAUGGCAAGACUGAAUGACUUGCUGAGCUGGUAAACUGUGAAAACAGACUGAUAAAACUCAACGCUAAAAUCUUUAUCCAUCUGAGGGCUUUUUUCCCCUUUGUGUUUGUCUGGGGUGUUUCUAUAGUACGCAGAUAAAUUAUGCAUAUAGGAAAUAAAUGUCCAGUGGUGUCUUUCUUAUGUUGGUUAUUUGUAAACUGUUUUGUAUAAUAUCACACCUUUGAUGCAAACUCUAGCUAAAUCCUCUUAGAUAUUUUGUUUGUUUGAAGGCACCUUGGUUACAUAUUGAUUUGUGUAGAAUAAAAAAAAAGCUUGAUUCAA